AUGUCGCCCGUCAGCUCCGAGGGAUGGUUUGCGACGCUCCCGCCUCCGUGCCUCCAGAUAUGUCCGUCGCCAGGUCGUUCAAGUGCACCGUGUGCGACGCAUCAUUUGCCUCCAAGAAGGCUCGCGCGCAGCGCGUGCGCAUCAGCCGCCAAGUUUGCUGUCAGCAGCUCCUUUUCGCGAGCGGGGAAGGCCUUUGCCCUGUUUGCCGCGCCUCUUUUGGCAGCAUCCCGCGUCUCCAGUCGCGCCUAUGUGAUGGCCGUCGCCCGGCGUGCUGGCAGCAGAUCCUCUCCAGGCCGUCUGAUUUUCAACCUGUGUGCAGUUCCGACGUCUCACGUCUGGGCGAAGCAGACAAGCUCGAACGUCGUAGCGCUCGACGCCUCGGCUUCUCGCGCGAUUGCCCGUGGCCCAGCGCGACUGGCCGAUGGCGGGGUCGUCGGCUGGACACAACGCUAG